AUGGCUGUCAUUGGCUCUACCUUGUUGGCGGAUAAGACCAGGACUGGCAUGCGACCUCACCCGAUAGUUGUCGUCAACGACGAUGAACAGGACGUGGCUUGGGGUGCGGUGACUUUGGCGUUCUUGUACAGGCAGCUCGGAAUGGCAUCUAGGGCUGGUUGCAAGACCAUUGCUGGAUGCCUCACAUUGCUCCAGACAUGGAUCUAUGAGUACUUCCCCGCUUUCCGCCCUCAUCCUCGCCGAGAUGAUGUGUCAAACACGACUAGGGCGGAGAUGUGGACGCCGAAGAAAGUAGGUCGUGAGCUGGACAGGUUGAUAUCAUUCCGCAAGGUUCUGGACUCAAUGACAGAGACUCAGGUUGAAUGGACUCCCUACAAUUGUGGAGCUGCUGCGUUGCUGCAUGAGCACCCACGCACCACAGUCAUCGGGGGUAUCACCUGCUUUGAUGUUGUGGAGGUGUAUUUGCCGGAGCGGGCAUUGCGACAGAUUGGGUUCGUGCAGUCUAUUCCUCCAGCUCCUAUGAGACCAGCCAAGGCUCUUCGACCGGCACACGGAACCUACUCCGUGACCUUUCCUUCUUCUGCUGCUGCAUUUGUGGAGGCGUGGAGUAGGUUCCCCUACAGUGGCCGCCUUGUUGAGCAGGGACUUCGACGGGCUACUGUUCCUUCAGAGACUGAACCUAAUUACGUUGAAUGGUUCAGAGUUUGCUCGCACCCGUACAUAUCCCGAGACGAAUUGCUGGCUUCCGGUCCUGGUCCUGGUCAGAGCAGAUGUGAUUACUUCGCGAAAGAAUGGGCCAGUCGAUUCUCUCCAGUGGCAAGACUACCUACGCGGCUUGCGGAUUUGAACUCCCGUCAACGACAUGCGUUAGAAAUAUACCUUAAUGAUUGUAGAGAAUUAUAUGAUCAAUGGCAAACUGAUCAAGGGCAAGGCCCUGAAUAGUCUGUACUGAAACUAUUUUACAUUAUUUAUUGCAUUUAAUUUCGUCAAUGAUUGCAUUUAAUUUACAUAAAUAUACACACUAACCCACAUCACACAAAUACAUGUAUAUUUGUCUACCAGCAUUAUAAAUUCCUCCUAUUAAUCAAAGAAAUAAAUAAAUUGUUAACAGCACACACUGUAGUAUAAUUAAGGAUUAUAUACAACUUUUAAUGAAUGUCGUGUAUAAAUUCUAUGGAGUAUCUAAAUUUACAGCAUCGUCAGCGGUGUUAUUUGUUGGUGGGGGUGCCCCGCGUAGAUUAUUCCACAGCAUAAUCCUCGUAGUGAAAUUUGUGUCAAGAUCUUUCGCGAAAUUGUCAGCUGCUUGUUUCCAACGUGGGUGGAUCGGCGGCA